UCAUAAAAAACUCUUUUUUUUUUUUCUUGCCCUUUUCUUGUUGAUGCUUUUCUUUUUGUUCCCUCUAAAUUCUCUUUCUGCUUAGUCCCUACGCUCUUGCUUUGUUAGAGAGAGAGCAAUGGCAGUGGUGAAGUCUCCCAAGAAGCAAGUGAAUCUCUUCUACUCUCUUGACUGUGAAGACCUUGCCCACAAGGUUGCUCUUCAAUCCCCCCACAUCAUUCUCCAGAAUAUCAGAUGGAGGUCAUUUGCCGAUGGAUUUCCAAAUUUAUACAUAAAUAAUGCAGAAGAACUCCGAGGUCAACAUGUUGCUUUUUUGGCAUCUUUUAGCUCUCCAGCACAUGUAUUUGAACAACUUUCUGUCAUAUAUGCACUCCCUCGUCUAUUUGUUGCUUCCUUCACAUUGGUAUUGCCUUUCUUUCCAACUGGAUCCUUUGAGCGGAUGGAGGAAGAAGGAGAUGUAGCAACUGCCUUCACCCUUGCAAGGAUGUUGUCUAAUAUUCCAAUUUCAAGAGGUGGCCCAACUAGUUUAGUCAUAUAUGACAUUCAUGCCUUGCAGGAGAGAUUUUAUUUUGGAGAUGAGGUUUUGCCUUUGUUUGAGACUGGUAUUCCUCUUUUAAAGCAACGUCUGAGUCAGCUUCCUGACGCUGAUAAUGUAGUUAUUGCAUUUCCAGAUGAUGGUGCAUGGAAGCGAUUCCACAAGCUGUUUGAUAAUUUUUCAUUGGUCGUUUGUACAAAAGUUCGUGAAGGUGACAAGAGGAUAGUUCGGCUCAAGGAAGGCCACGUCUCUGGUCACCAUGUAGUCAUUGUUGAUGAUUUGGUCCAAUCUGGAGGCACCCUGAUUGAGUGUCAGAAAGUUUUGGCAGCCCAUGGUGCAGCAAAGGUGAGUGCCUAUGUCACCCACGGCGUGUUCCCUAACCAAUCAUGGAUGCGAUUCACUCAUAAAGAUGAAGCCUUGGAGAAUGCAUUUGCCUAUUUCUGGAUCACAGAUUCUUGCCCUCUUACUGUUAAAGCUAUAGAAAAUAAAGCUCCUUUUGAAGUAUUGAGCCUAGCUGGGUCUAUUGCUAAUGCUCUACAAAUUUAAAGGCAAAAUUUAUUCAAGGGGAAAACAUUGAACUGUGUUAAAAGGGAUUCUUAACUAAAAAUUUUAUCCCUGGUUAACAUUUUUAUUAGAUCCUUUUAUUUGUUUCGUGCAUUGCUAUGAGCUUGGCACAAUGAGACCUGGGAAUUUAAUUUAUUCUGUUCUGGACUGUACUAUUAAGACCUGAGUUGACUGUCAACUAUGGUACAAGACCUUUGGAUGCAUAUCAUCUAAUCUUACCUUUACUCAUCAACAGGCAUCAAAAUUUUAGUCA